AUGUCCACUCGUCAAACCCCAAAUCAACCUGCAGCAUCCUCUGUCGAUUUAACAGAACCCAGAAGUCCACAAUCCAGACAACUCGCUCAAAUCAACUAUGAAGACUCUCCACAUUUCGUUCGAGAAAAUCCUGUCGGAUGUCUCAUUCCAGAAAAUCCAGAAAUUUACAGUUCCGAAGGUCUUACUACCGUCAAAAUUUUCAAUCGAGAAAAAGGAAGUGUGACUGAAGAGGAGAAGCAACGAGUGGAGAAGGAUUUGCAACACAAGUAA